GUUAUGUUGGACGCAUGGCACGAUGCUGUCAUAGAUGAUUUUGUAUUUUAUACAAUGGCAGUAUUGGUCUGUCGAUGUGCAGUUGGAUGCUUUGAUGGCUUGAGUGUCACAGGCUCUCACACAGUUGGGUAUCGACGCGUUCUGAGGCCCUGUUUGCGAAUGGGCUAUCCCUGA